AUGACCGACAUCGAGCCAAAUGUGCCGGCAUGGCAAGGGUGGUGUAAGAAGAGCGAGAGUGGGAAGUUGGAUUACGUCGAGGAGAAGGUUGAUGCUACGGGUGCGCCUGGGCGGUCUGUGUUGCUGGGUGAGGACAAGAGCAUGAAUGGGCACGGGAAGCAGAAGAAGGGUAAGAAGAUUAUGAGGCUGUUUAGUCUUGCGUUUCACCAUUUUGACGAUGAUAUGGCGAGACGGGUGCUCAAGGAUGCUGUUGAGACGGGUGAUGGGUUCUGUAUCUUCGAGCUACAAGCCCGCAACUUCCUAUCAUUCAUUAUGGUCAGCCUCCUGUGGCCGCUGGCCAUCGUCAUCCUGGCGCCGAUCUACUUCUACAACUCGCCCGGCCGACUCGUCUUCACCUACCUGGUGCCUUGUGUGCCAUUCGUGUGGGUCUUUGACGGGUAUAUAUCAUGUCUGCGGACACGGACGCCUGCGGAAGUGCGGACACUGAUGAGGGAGGCAGUGGGCGAAGAUAAGCUGAGAGACUGGAUCAUAAGAUCGGGUCAGGAGACACAUACUGUGCCUAUUGGCAAACUGCGAUGGUUCAUGGCCACGAAGGACGAUCGGUGA